CUUUCGUUACAGAUCAAAAACAUGGAUGUAAGAGAAGCUAUGAAGAAGCAAACCGACGUCGCAAUGAUCCUUUCCGGACAAGUUUUAUCUUCCGCACCAAAAGACUCAAACGUCAUCUUCUCUCCGGCGUCCAUAAACUCUGCGAUCACCAUGCACGCCGCUGGUCCCGGAGGUGAUUCAGCCGCCGUUGAAAUCCUUUCCUUCCUCAGAUCUUCUUCAAUCGAUGAGCUCAAAAACAUCUUCCACGAACUAUCCUCCUUCGUCUACGCCGACAGUAGCGCUAGUGGCGGCCCAAAGAUCAAGUCCAUGAAUGGCCUCUGGAUAGAUAAGUCACUUCGUGUUGAUCCCAAGUACAAGGAUCUCUUCGAGAACUUCUUCAAGGCUCUUUACGUUCCUGUAGAUUUCCGAUCCAAGGCUGAAGAAGUGCGUAAAGAGGUGAAUUCAUGGGUUGAACAUCACACCAAUAAUCUCAUCAAGGAUCUUCUUCGUCCUGAUUCAGUGACAAGCCUAACUGACAUGAUUUACGCAAAUGCCUUGUAUUUCAAGGGAGCUUGGAAAAGACCAUUUGAAAAGUACGAUACAAGAGACUAUGACUUCCACCUUGUCAAUGGCACAUCAGUUUCUGUCCCAUUUAUGACCAGCUAUGAAGACCAAUACGUAAGAGCUUAUGACGGUUUCAAGGUCCUCAGACUCCCUUACCGACAAGGCAGUGGUGGUACUGGUACCAAAUGUAAUUUCUCAAUGUAUUUCUAUCUCCCUGACAAGAAAGAUGGAUUGGAUGAUCUCUUGGAGAAAAUGACAUCUACACCUGGAUUCUUGGACAGUCACAUCCCAAGUUACAGAGAUGAACUUGAUAAAUUUAGAAUUCCAAAGUUUAAGAUCGAAUUCGGUUUUUCUGUUACAAAUGUUUUGAAUCGACUGGGAAUGUAUUCAAUGUUAAUGUACCAUAAAGCUUGUGUCGAGAUCGAUGAAGAAGGUGCUGUAGCUGCGGCUGCAACUGAUGUGCUAGUAGGUUGCGCUCUUGGUAUGGAGCCUCCUAAGAAGAUAGAUUUUGUGGCUGAUCAUCCAUUUCUUUUCCUUAUUCGAGAAGACAAUACUGGGACUGUUCUGUUCGUUGGUCAGCUCUUCGACCCUUCGGAAUCUUGUUCCUAA